AGAACUAACAGGGUCAAUGACUUCAGUGUGUGUGGUUUUUUGGUUGAACUUCGGGUUCCUUAUGGCGCGCAACAGGUAGCCAGUAUCACUGUGAGGACGGAAUACAUUGCAUGAUGUUUAUUCAAGCUAACAAUCUAAUCUCUGAUCGCUUUAAUGAACUCGAUAUUUACAAGUAGGAUCAUCGGUGGAACGUUGAGAAUAGCCUACUGAUAUAUGAUAUGUCCGCGCAAGGGUUGCUGAGCAGCGUUUUCUCAUGCUCCUCGCCAACAUCCAAAACAAUGUCCAAACGGAGACUGAGACAGACUAGAAGUUUGGAUUCAACUUUGAUAAGACACUGUGGGACCGAAACGGAUGGGACAUCGGGUCAAACGGAUCAAAAGUCGCUUUACCUAAGUGUAAAUCAUGGUCGUUACCUCCGAGCCUCAAACGAAAGCCUCUCCAAACUGGAUGCGCCACUUACAGCUGGGGCAAAACAAUGUCAGUCAGCAUCCUCAAGCCUGUCAAUAUAUUUGGAUACUUCUGGCCAAUUCGACUACGAUUCCAAGGCCACAAAAAGAAGCACGGCAUGGGAUUUACCUUUUCUUGUCAGAAGCCCCGUUACUCCAACCGGAAGCUCAAGCACUUUAUUUUCACCUAGAAAGUGGCUUCAAAAGAAGCCAUCUCCACCAUCCAUUCCUCAAUCAUACGCUGUAUGGAAAUCCGAGGGUGCCUUCACGUGGAACAGCAUGUCAGGGCGGAGCGUUCGUCUGAAGCCGGUGCCCCUCCAGAGCCUCUCAGAGCUGGAGAGAGUCCGCCUGCAAGAAGUGGCCUUCAGCAGGCUGCUCCAGGAAUACAACCUGGGCUGCCAGAUCACCAUCCCCAAAGAUGGUCAAAAGCGUAAGAAGUCCCUCAGGAGGAAGUUGGAUUCACUGGCCAAAGAGAUGAGUAAAGACAAAGAGGCAACGCCCCAGGCCUUCGGCAUACUUCUGUCGCAGGUGAUCUCUAACGAUCGCACCCACAAGCAGCGUCAGGAGCCCCAGCGCGAGGAGCACCGUGACCCCAGUGACCUGGUGUCCUCCCUGCUACACCUCACCUCACGGAAGAGCACCAAAGACAAGGAGCUGUCCAGCAGCAACUCGUCUCUCAGCUCCACCUCUGAGACGGCCACUGAGUCACCGUCACCCAGCACACCCGAAGCAGCAACACACACCCGCAGAAGGGGAGGAGUGUCUGUGGAUUGCAUCACUGACCUGGAUGACAAUCAGUCUCGCCUGCUGGAAGCCCUGCAGCUGUCCCUACCAGCCGAGACACCCAGCAACAGGAAGAAGCAGAGGGACAAGAAGCUUAGCCUCAACCCCAUCUAUAGACAGGUUCCCAGGGUGGUGGAGAUGUGCUGCCUGCAUCUGGAGAAAUAUGGUCUACAGACAGUUGGCAUCUUCCGUGUUGGGAGCUCAAAGAAGAGAGUGCGGCAGCUCAGAGAGCAGUGUGACCUGGGAAUGGAGGUCCAGCUGGAUGAGGCUAACAGUGUCCAUGAUGUGGCCGCGCUGCUUAAGGAGUUCCUGAGGGAUAUGCCUGAACCCCUGCUGACCAGAGAGCUCUACACCGCAUUCCUCAACACCAUGUUACUGGACCAUCCAGACCAGGAGAGCACCAUUCAGCUACUUGUGUAUCUGCUGCCGCCGUGCAACAGUGACACCCUGCAACGCCUCCUGGAGUUCCUGGCCACGGUGACCGCCCACGCAGAGGACAGUCAGGACAGGGACGGACAUGAGAUCACCGGGAACAAGAUGACAUCACUCAACUUGGCCACCGUCUUUGGGCCCAACCUUCUACACAAGCAGAAGAGCUCGGACAAGGAGUUUACUGUUCAGAGUGUUGCCCGCGCAGAGGAGAGUACAGCCAUCAUUGGCGUGGUACACAGCAUGAUCACCACGUAUGAGACCCUCUUCAUGGUGCCGCCUGACCUGCAGAAUGAGGUUCUGAUGAGUCUACUAGAGACGGAUCCUGACGUGGUGGAUUACCUCCUGAGGAGGAAGGAUUCUCAGCACUCUGGUCCAGGCCCUCUGAGGACUGAGGAUCCCUUCUCUUUGAGGGAGAGGCGUUGCUCCAGUGACUCCAACAAGGCCUCCAGUGGGGAUAUGUCCCCCUAUGACAACAACUCACCAGUUCUGUCGGAGCGGCUGCUCUCCCAGCCCCAGGAGGACAGGAACCUCCUCUCUGAUAGGCUGUUCAGGGUUCCAGAGCAGUACACACUGGUUGGCCACGUCAAAGGUCGUCCUAGCAUCACCUGUCACUCACCAUCCACAGGCAAAGACACACCUGAUGAACAUGUCUGGGGUGCCUGGCAUGCCUCUCUAAGGAAAGGGUUUAUGGAUCAUCACAUCACUGGUUCCCAUGGCGACGUUUGGGAACACGGCUCCUGCGGCUCAUCAGAGGGACUCGACCGUCACCAAGGUAACAACAGCAAACUGCCUGUCAGACGAACUUAUACCUCAUUAGGUGUGCCUGAGUGCAGACCACACCCCCCGGUGAUUCGCUGCAGUAGUAGCCCUCUGACGGAGAGAGGGCAAAGACAGCAGGGUACCGACUCAUUAUUACAUCACCGACCACAGGGAAGACCAGGGGCCGACAGCUCAGAGGACCUCGCACUAAGAGGAGGAGUGUCACAGCCUGCCAGUCCUUCCCUCAGAGGCAGGCCUGGCGGCAGGGUGGAUGGAAGGCCUCCCCCUCCCUACCCUGGACCUCUCAGAGGAACACACAGAGAAUGUUCUCCCUCUACACCUUCCCUCUCCCUCUCCACGCACCAGUGUGUGACCCCACAGAGCCCCCAACGGCCCCCCCAGGGCAGCUGCAGCCCCAGGAACCGGACUGUGGCCCCUAAGAACCCCUCCUCUAGUCCUCUGGAAGGAAAGGUGCCAGUCAGCCUGGAGUGGAAGAGAGAGAGUUGGCAGAUAUGGAAGCUCUUAUCAACAGACAACACAGACACACUACCAGAGACACUGGUGUGAUGCGUUGAGUAGAACCACUAACUUUAACUAUUGUGUUACCAAGAGGAGAGGAGGGAUGGGGGGGGUUCCUGUAUGAUUAUGUUGAUAUGCUACUUACUGAGAUGUGCCAAUUGUCUGUGAGUAACGGUGUGUUUGUUUGUUAAUGUUGCUGUUUCACUCUCCUCAUGUGUUACCUACACUUUUUUCAGAAGCUUGACUCCAACAUUUUGUCACUAAGACAUACCUUAACAGAGACUCAAGUUAACAUCACUGAGAUGUG